AGAUCAUUCGGCAUGGUCAGGGUCCAUGCUUUUUCUGUGAACCACUCCCCUUUCUUAGAGACGACCCCUCUCUCCUGGACGAGGAACUCGCGGCAACUUGCAGCCAGAGUGAUGUUGGUGCCUGGAUGGGACAGGCAGUGAUUGUUUUCAUGUGGUGAUGCGCUUGACAUUGGAUUUGCUGCUUUAGACUCCUAAUGAUUGUUGUGUGGAAUUUUCUUCGCGUUUAUGCGCCCUAUAUUACCUUACCGUUCGCCGCGGUGGUCGGCGUGAUUGGUUACAAUGUGGAGAAAAAGCUUUCGCGCCGGUAUACACCAGCGGAAGGAAGCAUUUUGGAGAAGAGACUGGAGCGAAAGCUCCACGAACUCAGUGAGAGUCCGAUGGAUGAAGUAAUUCCUCUGGGCGAAGAUAAAACUUUAGUUAGACGGUCAGUUUUUCUGACUAAUACUUCUCCGUCGCUAGAGAAGCCGAAGGCCUAG